AUGAAGUUGCUUUUACUACCAAUGAUGUUCCCUCUAAUACUGUUGAUUUGUUUGUUUUAUGUUGGUAAAGCAAUAGAUUGUGGUGGCAAUCGAAUUGCAAAUACUAUUGUUGUUAACCAACGAGGUCAAGGAGCAUUUCAAACAAUUCAAGCAGCCAUUGAUUCUAUAAAGCGCCAAAAUAAUCAAUGGAUUUUGCUUCAAAUAAAUCCUGGCAUAUAUAAGGAAAAAGUUCAUAUUCCUAUUGAAAAGCCAUGCAUUAUUUUAAAAGGAUCGGGUAGCAAAACAACCAUUAUUGCUUACAAUGAUUCGGCUAAUAAUGUUGGCACAUCUGAUAGCGCUACAUUCAUUUCAUCUCCACCUAACGUGAUUGUGAGUGGAAUUUCAUUCAAGAAUACACAUGGACCUAACGGACCUGCAGUAGCAGCUAAUUUUUAUGGUGAUAAAUCAGCCAUAUUUGAAUGUAGUUUCUUUGGUUACCAAGAUACAUUGCUCCUAUCAUCUGGACGCUCUUACUUUAAAAAUUGCUUUAUUCAAGGUGAAGUGGACUUUAUUUUUGGUUCGGGUCAAUCUUAUUUUGAGAAUUGUGUCAUUAAUGCUGUACAAGGGAAAUCCAGACCAAUAGGUUUUGUUACAGCACAACUUAGAGAAAAACCAAAUGAUCCAAACGGAUUUGUUUUUAAAGGAGGGUCUAUUAUUGGAAUUGGUCGAGUGAAUCUUGGAAGGCCCUGGGCCCCUUACUCAAGAGUCAUAUUUUUGGAAACAUAUUUUUCAUCCGUGGUAACUCCUGGAGGAUGGGAUCUUUGGCAUGUGAGAAGAGACCAAGAGCAAAAUAUCGUCUUUGCAGAAGUUAAUUGUAAAGGACCAGGGGCCAAUACUAAGAACCGUGUCAACUGGGAAAAAAAGCCAAAUGAAAUAAACUUAAAUGAAUAUACUUUAUCAUCUUUUAUCAAUAAUGAUGGAUGGCUUGCCAAUAUACCAUCAAUAUAA